AUGACGGCCUCUAAUACCAUCCGCCAUUUGAUCUCCAUUGCUGACUUGACAACUCCAGAGUUCGUGUCUCUCGUCAACAGAGCACAGCACCACAAGAAACUGAUAAAAGCGGGUGUCAAGCCAGAAACAUGGCCAUUGCAAGGUGAGUUGGUGGCGCUACUUUUCAGUAAAAGAUCCACCAGAACUAGAAUCUCUUCAGAGGGUGCAGCUGCGUACUUUGGCGGACAACCAAUGUUCCUUGGCAAAGAUGACAUUCAACUAGGCGUCAACGAAUCCUUCUAUGACACCACGAAGGUCAUCUCUUCGAUGACCUCCUGUAUCUUUGCCAGAGUGAAUUCCCACUCUGAGAUCCAGCAACUAUGUGAACAUUCUUCCGUUCCUAUUAUUAAUUCCCUUUGCGACAAAUACCACCCACUUCAAGCAAUUUGUGACCUCUUGUCAAUCAAAGAAAAUUUUAAAGAACUCAAGGGAUUGAAACUUGCCUGGAUUGGCGAUUCCAAUAACGUCAUCAAUGACUUAGCAAUAGCAGCGAUGAAGUUCGGUAUCAACGUUUCGAUUGCCACUCCAAAUGGAAUUGAAAUUGAACAGCAUGUUAUAGAUGCUGCCAAUGCAACCACGGCCGAAACAGGUGCAACUUUAGAGCUGACCCACGACCCGAAAGAAGCAGCAAAGGGUGCCAAUAUUCUAGUUACAGACACAUUCGUGUCGAUGGGACAAGAAGCAGAAACACAGAAAAAGCUGAAGCAGUUUGAAGGCUUUCAAAUAAACUCUGACCUGGUUGCCUUGGCCGACAAGGAUUACAAGUUCAUGCAUUGUUUGCCAAGACAUAAGGAAGAAGUUUCAGACGAUGUCUUUUACAGUGACCACUCUAUAGUUUUCCCUGAAGCAGAAAACAGACUCUAUGCUGCUAUUGCCACUAUCGAGGCAUUUGUUGUCAACAAAGGUCAAUUUUUAUAA